CACGCAACUGCGCAUGGCGCCCCACACCUGAUGUCUUCCGCAUUGGCACGUUACAGGUGUUGUGUGUGUUUCUCCACGUCAGACACUGUUGUUGUUUUCAUCAUCAACGUCACAUAAGCCUCAGUUGUUGGGUGAUCGCUGACUGCACAGAUAUGUCAUUACAAGAGUCCGAGGACAGCUACGAUUUCGUCUUUAAAAUCGUUCUGGUUGGUGAUGUCGGUGUCGGGAAAACUUGUGUGGUUCAGCGGUUUAAAACCGGUAUAUUCAUCGAGAAACAGGGAAACACGAUCGGAGUGGAUUUCACCAUGAAAACGCUGGAAAUUCAAGGGAAGAGAGUGAAGUUACAGAUUUGGGACACAGCUGGACAGGAGCGGUUUCGCACCAUCACACAGAGUUACUACCGCAGUGCCAAUGGUGCCAUCAUCACUUAUGACAUCACAAAAAGAGCCACCUUUAUGUCUGUGCCCAAGUGGAUGGAGGAUGUAAAGAAAUACGGUGGAUCCAACAUCGUUCCUCUUUUAAUCGGUAAUAAAUCAGAUUUGACUGACAUGCGUGAAGUGUCGACGGAGGACGCACAGACCAUGGCUCACCAGUUGGAUUUCGUUAAUGCCAUCGAGACUUCAGCCAGGGACUCUGUUAAUAUAGAAGAGGCGUUUAACAAAAUGGCCAACGAGCUCAUCCUCAGACAUGGCGGGCCCAUGAUCAAUGAAACCGUUACAGACAGCUUCAAACUGAACAGCAAAGACGUGAGCGGCGAGGGCUGGGGGUGUGGCUGUUGAUAUCUGCCUUUUCGUGAAGCAAUAAACGCUUUGGUCAUUACCCAUCCAGUCAUGUAAGUCAGGUACUAUCACAUAGUGCUUGUUUAAUGCAUUUCCAGAAGGAUAAACUGAAGUGAUUCAGAUUAUGCACAGGACAAGGGAACAUUCUGUGAUGGUUAAUAAAAAGCGUUUCCAUCUGGUUUCUAAUCCUGGUUAAACUGUGAAGACACUGGCUGGACGCAGUUGUCAUUAAUAAGGGCAAAAUUCUCAUGGGGUCACAUGACUUGAUGCACAAUGCAGAUCUAUUUUGUAAAAUAAUUUUCUUGAUGAUUUAGAUUUGAAUGUUUGAAUUUAACAAUACAUUCACAUAAAUGCAUAUAAAGCUAUUACUAAAAUGCAGUUGAUGCAAUUCAUUGUUUAGAAGGACAUUGAGUGUUCAUUCCUGCCAAAUGUUUGAAAUGUUGGGGUCAGCAGUAUUUUCAUUCAACAAGAUCUUUAAAGUUCUGUCUAAAAAGCUGCCAUUAAUAGUGUAGUCAUGUGAUUUGAUGACUAUACUCAUGCACACGCCUUUUAUAAUCUAUUCAUAAAACCAGCAGAGUUUUAGAACUGUUCGACUGCUUUUGCGACCCUCUAUAAGACUUCGUAAGAAGACAUGUGGGCAUUUAUUUUAUAUAUAUAUAAUAUAUUUAUAAAAUAUAUAUAUAUAACUUUGGUUAAUUUAAACCACCACAAAGCCUUGUUCAAAUAAAAGAGUUUAAUAAACAAGGUUUUUAAACUAUGAUGAAAAUCUUUUGAUAAUUUUGGACCAUGUUUAAUUUAUGAUAAUAUUGCGCUGAAGAAUUGGGAAAGAGCAGAUGGUGUUGUCUCGUUUCAAUUGGGCAUAAAAAUCAGAGCCAUUUUACAUGCAAUGUCUUGUAUUUAUAUUAGCAUGCUAUCUUUUCUUGAGGUUAACAUCUUUGGUACGUUUACAGUAUAUGUCAUUAAUCGAUGUAUAAAUGAAAUCAACAUGUGCAGUAUAUUCAGUAUACGAUUGCAAAUGAUAUGAAUGUAAAGUUUUCAGUUUGACACAUUCUUUGUUAGUUUUAAGUCAAAUUUUGUACUGGAUAUUUGUCUAAAGUUAUGAGUGAGAGGAAGGAGACAGUAUUUAAGUGUGAUGCGUUGUCAAAUGUUGUUGAAGGUAAAUAACAUUUAAUGAGGAUUCUUGAAGAUAGGAACAGUGCCUUGUAGUUUGUUUUCAUGUUACUAUGCAUUUUAUGUCCAUCAUUGAGAUGUUGCUGAGAUGUUGAUAAAUUGUUUGUUUAUUAUUUUAUCAAUAGAACUUUCACAGCAUAAAUUAUGUGUUAAACGGAGAUUUAAAAUAAAGUUAUUUUACCGAA